AUUUAACUGAGAAUCAGAAGAAAGUCAAAGUACCUUACUUAGUGGAAGAACCCAUCAACCCUCACCCUCACCACAUCAAGAUCAAGAAGAUGCAGGUCGUCUCCGUCUCUUUGGGCCCACCUUCGCGUGGCUGCGGAGGCCACACACGCGACAUGUUGCAUGCCACGCUACAACGUGGGUACACGCCGAGUGCAUCCUCUACCUCUACACUGAAUAGAAAAGUGACGGUCUGCUCUAGGUCUAGCCCUUGCUCUUCCUCUUAUCGACCGCUACAACCGCUCGCAGAUGCGCCUCACUCGGUUUCAUCCCUUAAGGCAUCUCAAAAUCUAUCUUUUCCCGAAGGAAGCAUCUCCAUCUCGAAGAUGCAAUUACACUAUUUCAAAGGGGAAUGAAAAUAAACAGAAGUAGUGUGAGAAGAUACGUCCCAUUAAUUGGUAGGAUCAGGGGUUAUUUUUAGUUAAAGAGAUUUUUAUAUUCGCCCUGACUCCUCUAACUCUCAGCCAUUUUUAUUGCAGCAAGUGCGAUGGAAACGCAAGGGUGCAGAUCAGAUGGGAAAACCGUGUUGGCACGUACGUGGUCCAGACAAGGUGCGAGGCCGACACUACUACCCCUUUCACAAGAUGAUAGGGAGAAGUGCAAACUGGCAGAAAUACCAGGAACGAUACGUACCCCCGAGAGCAGUUGAUUAUGAUGCUGGAUCAGUUUCUAACUAGGUGUUUCGUUCCCUAAAAUAUGUAAAAAAGUUGCACCGGCGUCUGCGUCGACGUCUUUGUUGAAGAUCGCGAACGCUAUGUAUCAGCUACUUACUCGUUGUGUCAUAUCUUCAUCUGGCACAUGCCUCUCUUUACGUCGUCCAAGUCGUGUCAUUUUUUCCAACUGACUGAGACUUUUGUUCUUUUCCCUCUUCUAUUCGCCUUCCGACCUCACGCAUUCAUGUUGGAACGAAAAUGCGUCUUAUUCCGAGUUGUUAUCCGAAUUAUCGCGCGAUGCGGGAAAGCAAAGCCUGGUUUUGGUUACUGCCGAAGAAGCUAGCAGCUGCAACGAACGGCCACGAAGUUUUGGAAGCUUUUCUAAGGUUUCGACACAAACAGCCAAAAAGAAUACACCACUACCUGCAUGUGAUGACGCGGCUCAUUCAGGUCGGCGGGUGCGACUGCGCGGACUGGCGCUUCAAAUACAUCAUUUCAAGACUGCAUCCGCUCAGGAACAGGGUAAGCACCAGCUCGAGAAGUGUCGAAUCAAUGUUUACUUUUCUAUUCAUUCUUGUAUAAGUACUUUUUUGAAUCAGUCACAGCACCCACUUAUUCUUGAUUUCUAUGCAUCUCUAAUGGUGCGUUUCCUACUAUCAAGUCCUCUUCUCAGAUAGUGAAUAUGCCUCGAUUGGCUUUGAUGUAUGCCAAGUUGAAUGCGCGGCGAGAAGUGAAGGAACUUACGCGUUUUCUCUUUGCGAAAAUCGACUGGUAUUCGAUGCAACAGCUUACUUUAAGACCACUAUUUAUUAAUUCAUCUUACUCUAUCAAUCAAUAUCGAAUGCGCCGCAUGGGUUUGGGGAUCGAUCUUUCUAACGUGUUGAAAUGGAAUUCAACAAGGGCACAUCCCAACAGGACGAUUACAUGUGUGUGCUUACUUUUAGUAUUUCUUUGCCACCGAGAAAGGCAAUCCCAUUUACUUGUUACCCCACUUUCGCAUAUGGCCCUCUGCCGCUCUAAUCACUUUCAUCGUUCGAGCAUUUGCUCAAGUGAAACUCGCAGAUCCAGUCAUCCUCAAUGCCAUUGUGCGGCGUUUUAUGGACAGCCUUGAGUUUUUUCGCGAUGGUGAGUCAGAAAACGGCCUUAUGCCCGAUCCAGGAGCGAUCCUUCCGAUGAACGUCGACGGGUACUUACAUUUUUGCUUACGUAGUACUGGGAUGAUGACGAUGUUGAUUUCAUUCUGUAGAACAAAUUGCUUCAAGACUUAUAAACUGCUUUAGACAAGAAUUUUCUUGGAUAGUAUGAUGUACUCGCUGUCUGUCCUACUUACCUCACCCCUCUUAAAACUACUACGUGCGAGUUCUUCAGAUCAUCAGGAAGAGACCACUAAGCUUAUGACACCCCCGCCUCAACAUAACAGACUGCUUACUCCGGAUGGUAUCGACAGCGGCAUGCUAGAGCGUGUUCGACAGGACCCGAAUCCAAACCACCAAGCGUACACGGGUGUUCAUAACAUGCGUAAGUACAACCGGUAUCACUAUAGCCACGGCUGGAGCCGGCGCAGCCGACACGCAAAGGAACCCAUAGCCGAAUUCGAGCGUAGGCAGCGAUGGUUAGCCACGGAGUCUGCAUACGCCGACAGACGCAACAACCCGAGGGCCACCGCUGUGGAGUAUCAGCAGUCAGCUGCAUUCGCCGAUGGUGGCAGCGAUACUAGAAGUGUUGCGUCUUCUGGAGACAGAGGACUAAAGGCAAAACAACACGAUAUCGAGAUGGAGGAGGGUCCUGCAGAUGGCGAAGGCAACCUCAAUAGAAAGGAGAAUACGAGUACGACAUGUACUUCCUUAGACGGUGACGAUGACGUUAGUUUCAGUAGUGAAACUCCAGGAACCACGCACAAGACAACUGGUGAGUCAGCGCCACGCGGACGUCAGAAGCGACGAGCGCCAAAACGUGGAGGCUAUCAAGCAGGCCCAAAAUUCGACGGACAAAAUUUUCGCGAGAUGAAAAGCAAAUCGACGUCGUCGACUGGCGAAGAGGAUCUUCAGCAUGAUUUUUCUAACCAAAGCAGCAAACGGGAGAACACUGAUGUUGUUAAGAGUCGUUCCGAAGUAGUAUCACGAACGUCCUUGGAGGAAAAAUGAUUGUGGUCUGAAGAGCCCUUCUUGGUAAUUCCAGUAUUGUUCUAGUCCCUAGUAUUUCUUGGAUGGAGAAGGAGAAGGAGCAAAAGGGGAGUUUUACUAGCCCAGGGAAGAUGCUUACACAGAAAGACGCGUAAUUUCCCUGCGACCUCUAAGAAAAUUAAUGCUGCAAAAGAUGAGACUGGAGAGCAUGAUUACUUGCGACCACCGAACCUUGAGGAAUUGGUUUGUGUCUUAGAAGGUUGCGCCGCCUUAGAUUUCAAGCAUUUUGAAUUCUGUGGGACCGUUGCUGAAGAAUACAUCCUGUCGCAGGUAGUCCUGUUAGACGAUGACGCAACAGUGGAUCCCUUGUUGCUGCUUCAUGGUGCUCGAAUAGCACUCGCAUUUGCGAAACUGGGCUACCGGAAUUACAGUUUCUUUGAUUUAAGACUCGUCUAAUUCUAACGUGCUUUAUUCGGAAUUAUAUUAAAACGUCAACAGUUACUACGUACAGGUACAGUUUAUCGAUGAAAAAUGCACCUCCACGAACUUCUGGAUUUCCAUUUCCAUCACCUCUAAUCGCUGCAUUGUCGUUGCUCGUGCGUCGUCGAUUAGUUCAGGAAAUACCGCUUUCUAUCAAACUUACACCUGGAAUCCUAUUAGACGUGCUCCGGGCUUCGCGUGCGCUACGCAUCCACGACACGGAGCUGCGGAACGCUUGCCGUAUUUUUUGUCGCCAUAUGAUUCCAAAAUCAAAAAUAUGUAGAAGUGAUUGUAGCAAGCAUGCAAAAACGGAUUUGCAGCUUGUCUUCGAGUUCAAACCGUACCAUAAGGCUAGGUUGGACAAGAUCAUGAUCUGAAGAACCGCAUAGAAGAUUCAUCUUUCACCGAGAACGGUGACGUAGAGGUAGAGUGCUGCUUGCUUCCAUUCCCUCAUGAAGACAACAAAAAUCAGUUUCACACAUUGACGCUUAUGGCUACGAGUAUCCGGCACAAGAGCUCGCCUAUGUGAGCUACGCAUUAGGACAUGCGUCAGAGAAAACAAUGCAGAUGCUGAUUACGGAACACGACUGCCUGGACCUAAACGCAGCGACGGCUGUCGCUUCUCUAGCAAUUCAAAUGAAGCAUUCUGCAGCAAUGGGAGAGACUACGACUUCCAAACCACUACCACAGGCUGAAAACAAUACCGUGACAGGAUCUGCCGCUAAGAAAACUGAAGAUGCUCACGCACCCGACGAAGCAGUUUCUGAGCCCGGUGAAGAUGGGCAGGAUGUGACUUCGGCUUUUGGAUCGACAAGAGCAGUCUCUCGUGAAAAUCGAUCCACCAGCAGUUCGCAUUCGAAUCGUAAAUUAGAGCUUGCAGACGCACUUCUCGGAUGCGUUGUACGCCUCCUAACAGGUCCGCAUCGCAGAGAAUCAAGGGAGCGCUAUGACAUUGCCAAAAUUACGGCCCAUUUCCUUGUGUCCUUCUGCUUCUCUGUGGAGCAUCCUGCUUGAGGACGCCCUCGACUUCAAUCUCAAACCAGCGGUCCUUCUCAAUUGAAAACCUUGUACCAUGCUGCUAAUGCUAUUCUUUCUGAGCUACUAUCCUGAUGAUAGAUCUUCUUGCUGUACUAAGGCUAGGUGCAGGGCUGAGAGAGGAUAAUCGGCAAGAGAUUUACGAAACACUUAUCUCAGCAGCGGCGAAAAGAAAAAUUGUAGGGGCUUUUAGAGUAGUUGUUAAGAAGAUUAAGAACUCCUCCCUAUGCCGGUAUCCACGCGGAAAAUACGCAGGUAGGUUUUGGCUUAUCCAUCGGAACUCGCUCGCGACACAAAAAAAAAGCAGAGGAAUAAAAUUGAAAUGAACGCACCGCUAACAAAAUGAUGCAAGCGAUGACGCUGGCAUUGCAAGAUGGCUCUGUUCGGGAGGUCGGGAAGAACGGUGGAACAUCUACCUGCCUUAAGGCUGCUUUUUAUAGCGUAAACCCAUCUCAUCGUUGACUAACCGCAUUUUGUAGAUACUGUAUUUUUUUCGUAUUUUUCUGUACUUCAUCCUUGGCGAAGAGGCAUUGAUCUUGUAGUCGUUUACUCUAGUACUCGAAAUGUUGUAUCAUGAUGCAUAGUAGUACGUAGAAGACCAUAAAAGAUGUAGUUUACGUUGAAUGUUUGUGUUCUUUUCCUAUUGUCGGCACUUCUGCCUCUUGUUCUAAUAGUCCCUGCAUUGUAACAAGUGCAAAGGACCGCGCAACGCUUUUCCACACAUUCUGUCGUCACGUGCAUCGCCACAUGCAAUUUCUCGAAUCCUCGGACUUCAUUCGCAUUCUCAAGGCCUUUAAUAGUUAAGGCCAGUGCUAGUCUUUCAUCAUUUCAUCACCGGAGUGGAGCAAUAAAGUAAAAGUAACCGGAGUCUGAGUCGGGGGAUCUCCCCGGUGUAAAAAGGGUCAUCAAGGGGGAAAUGUUUCGAAGUAGGGAUCACUCAAGAAAUUUAAUGACUCGAGUCAGGAUGAUGAAAAAAACAAGCUCUAAAAUCGAUUCGAGUAUUGGGAUGCCCGGGUCGCUGUAACAAUUGAUUACGGCCGUUAA